UUGCCCUCUAGAUUAUGGCCAGGAUGGACCAGUUAUUUCUUAUGUUGUCACUGGUGUUGAGAGAGAGACUUCAUAAAUCUACCCUGUCUCACACUCCGUUGAGCGCUAUUCGUGAUUUUUGGAAAUGACUUACAGUUUUAUUUUUGUUCUCUCGUAGGGACUUAAGUCACAACAGAUUGUCUUUCAUCGAGGCAAGCUCCAUGCGCCGCCUUCACAGCCUUCGAGAAGUGAAACUGAACAACAAUGAAUUGGAGACCAUUCCAGAUCUAGGACCAGUCUCAGCCAAUAUUACACUUCUGUCCUUAGCUGGAAACAAGAUUGUGGAAAUACUGCCUGAACAUGUGAAACACUUUCAGUCCCUAGAAACUUUGGACCUGAGUGGCAAUAACAUUUCAGAGCUUAAAACUGCGCUUCCACCCCUGCAACUCAAAUAUCUGUCCAUCAACAGCAACCGAGUGACGUCCGUGGAACCGGGGUACUUUGACAACUUGGCCAACACACUCCUGGUACUGAAGCUGAACCGAAACCGGCUCUCCGCUCUCCCGCCCAGGAUGUUCAAGCUGCCCCAGCUGCAGCACCUUGAACUGAACCGAAACAAGAUUAAAAAUGUGGAUGGGCUCACGUUCCAAGGGCUUGGUGCUCUGAAGUCUCUGAAGAUGCAGAGGAAUGGCGUGACAAAACUCAUGGAUGGCGCUUUCUGGGGGCUGAGCAACAUGGAAAUCUUGCAGCUGGACCAUAACAACCUGACAGAGAUCACCAAAGGCUGGCUUUAUGGCUUGCUGACGCUGCAGGAGCUCCAUCUCAGCCAGAAUGCCAUCAGCAGGAUCAGCCCUGACGCCUGGGAGUUCUGCCAGAAACUCAGCGAGCUGGACCUAACUUUCAAUCACUUAUCGAGGUUAGAUGAUUCAAGCUUCCUGGGCUUAAGCUUGCUAAAUACACUGCACAUCGGGAAUAACAAAGUCAGCUACAUCGCUGAUUGCGCCUUCCGGGGGCUUUCCAGUUUAAAGACACUGGAUCUGAAGAACAAUGAAAUUUCCUGGACCAUCGAGGACAUGAACGGUGCCUUCUCUGGCCUUGACAAACUGAGGCGUCUAACACUCCAGGGAAACCGGAUUCGAUCCAUUACCAGAAAGGCCUUCAGUGGUUUGGAUGCACUGGAACACCUAGACCUGAGUGACAACGCGAUCAUGUCAUUGCAAGGCAACGCUUUCUCACAAAUGAAGAAACUUCAACAACUGCAUUUAAAUACAUCAAGCCUUUUGUGUGAUUGCCAACUAAAAUGGCUCCCGCAGUGGGUGGCGGAAAACAACUUUCAGAGCUUCGUCAACGCCAGUUGUGCGCAUCCGCAGUUGCUGAAGGGAAGAAGUAUUUUUGCCGUCAGCCCAGAUGGCUUUGUGUGUGAUGAUUUUCCUAAACCCCAGAUCACGGUUCAGCCAGAAACGCAGUCGGCAAUAAAAGGUUCCAAUCUGAGUUUUAUCUGCUCGGCUGCCAGCAGCAGUGAUUCCCCAAUGACUUUUGCUUGGAAAAAAGACAAUGAGCUACUGCAUGAUGCGGAAAUGGAAAAUUACGCACACCUGCGGGCCCAGGGCGGUGAGGUGAUGGAGUACACCACCAUCCUGCGGCUCCGCAACGUGGAGUUUACCAGUGAGGGGAGGUACCAGUGCGUCAUCUCCAACCACUUCGGUUCAUCCUACUCUGUGAAAGCCAAGCUCACAGUAAACAUGCUUCCUUCAUUCACCAAGAUGCCCAUGGACCUGACCAUCCGCGCCGGGGCCAUGGCGCGCUUGGAGUGCGCCGCCCUGGGGCACCCAGCCCCACAGAUCGCCUGGCAGAAGGACGGGGGCACAGACUUCCCGGCCGCGAGGGAGAGACGCAUGCACGUCAUGCCUGAGGACGACGUGUUCUUCAUCGUGGACGUGAAGACAGAGGACGUCGGGGUGUACAGCUGCACAGCUCAGAACAGUGCGGGUAGCAUUUCUGCAAACGCCACUCUGACUGUCCUCGAGACGCCAUCAUUUCUGCGGCCCCUGUUAGAUCGAACUGUGACCAAGGGGGAAACAGCCGUCCUGCAGUGCAUCGCGGGAGGGAGCCCUCCUCCCAGGCUGAACUGGACCAAGGAUGACAGCCCUUUGGUGGUCACUGAAAGGCACUUUUUUGCAGCAGGCAACCAGCUGCUAAUCAUUGUGGACUCCGAUGUCAGCGAUGCCGGGAAGUACACGUGUGAAAUGUCUAACACCCUGGGCACUGAGAGAGGCCACUUGCGCCUCAGCGUGAUCCCCACCCCCACCUGCGACUCCCCCCAGAUGACAGCCUCGUCGCUGGACGAUGACAGAUGGGCCACCGUGGGCAUCGUGAUCAUAGCGGUGGUUUGCUGUGUGGUGGGCACGUCGCUCGUGUGGGUGGUCAUCAUCUACCACACCCGGCGGAGGAACGAGGACUGCAGCAUCACCAACACAGAUGAGACCAACUUGCCGGCUGACAUCCCUAGUUACUUGUCAUCUCAGGGAACGCUAGCCGACAGACAGGAUGGGUACGUCUCCUCAGAGAGUGGGAGCCACCACCAGUUCGUCGCUCCUUCAGGAGGCGCGUUUUUCUUACCACAACAUGACAGUAAUGGGCCAUGCCACAUUGACAACAGCAGCGAAGCUGAUGUGGAAGCUGCCACAGACCCGUUCCUUUGUCCCUUCUUGGGACCCACAGGCCCUGUGUAUCUGAAGGGGAGUGUGUACUGCUCAGACCCUUUCGAAGCCUACCAUCCAGGUUGCGGUCCUGACCCGAGAACAGCUUUAAUUGACCACUGCGAGCCCAGUUACAUAAAGAAAAAGGAGUGCUGCCCGUGUCCUCAGCCUACGGAAGAGCCCUGCGAGCAGAGUGUGGGUGACUUAGGGUGGCCUUCCCGCGUGAGGAAGGUGCUCGCCUCUCCUCUCUCCCAACACGAGGGGCCCGGAACGAACACCUUAAGUCUCAACAAGUCUUCUGUAGACUUCAGUGCAGGCCCAGAGCCAGCGCCACUUACUCUGAGUAAUUCUUUCCUGGGAACAUUUGGAAAGCCUCUGAGGAGACCUCGCCUGGAUGUCUUUCCAAGCCCUGGACGGUCAUCGGAUUGUCCGCCAAGAGCCAUUCACUUGAAAGCUCGCUCUUCCCCGAGCCUGGACUGUGAGUCAGAGGAAGAGGGGAGAGAAAGGACAGAUUUUCAGCAAGAAAAGCACACACGUACCUAUAAACAGACCUUAGAAAACCACAGGACUUCAAAUUUCCAGUCUUAUGACUUGGACACAUAGACUGAAUGGAACCAAAGAAGAGUUCUGACUUACUACCUCAAGUGGACUUCUAUUUAAAAGAGAGAGAAUUCUAUGUUUUUAAUGAAGUUACGAAUUUUAAAAGGGUAAAAUGUCUUAUUUAUACAGAGGGACCAAAAUUACAAAAAGUUAUAAAAAUUUUAUACUGGGAGUAACUUUCAUAUAAGAAUACCUUUUAAAACUAUUUUACUAUUUUAUAACUUUGCUUUAUGCAAAAAAAAGUCUUAUGUAAAUUAAUGGUAUAAAUCCAUGACUAUUUUAUGUAUUUUUAUAAUGCCAGAUUUCUUUUUAUUGAAAAUGAGUACUAAAGCAUUUUAAACAAUACCUGUCUUGUACGCGUUUUGAAUAGAGGUCACUUCAUUUUCUUUUGCACGUUACAUUCAUUAAAAUGUGUCAUUUUUAUCCCAA